AUGACGCAUAAACACUAUUUUGAGGCUUCGGACAAAAUCAUGAGGGAUCUAUUGAGGUUCGCCUUACCGGGUAGUGCUGAAAAGACUUUUGGUGGAAAGACAAUAGUUUUGGGCGGCGAUUUUAAACAGAUCCUACCUGUUAUUUCGAAAGCAACAAGACCAGUAGUUGUCGGAGCAAAUAUUAGUUCUUCAUACCUGUGGACAAAUUGCAAGGUAUUAAGGCUCACCAAGAACUUGAGAUUACAGACCUUAGCUUCAAAGGAAGAUAGACAGACGGUUGAUUGGUUUUCAAAAUGGAUUGCAGACAUCGGAGAUGGGAUUACAAGGGUUGUAAAUAGAAGUUCAUUUGAGAUCGAUAUUUCGGCACAGUUUUUGUUGAAGUGUGAACACAAUCCCAUAACAACUAUAGUGGAAAGCACAUUCCCAAGCUCAGGAUAUGGCAUGUUUGAUGAGUCACAACUAGAAAUUCGAGCGAUCCUCUCGCUGACUUUAGAUGCCGUUGAUCAAAUUAAUCGGUACAUAUGCGACAUGAAUACUGCAAAAGGACGAAUAUAUUUAAGUUGUGACUCUUUGUGUAAGGCGGAAUCAGACAGUGUAUUAGAUCUAUACAUCAGCGUCAAUGUAUCAAAUAUUUUUCCUAAAGUUAAUACCGAUGACUGCAUUGCAAAGGCAGGAAGCGGAGGCCUUACUAGAAAUAUGGGCGAUCAUGCAUGGAUUAAGCCUGGCUUGGGAUAA